UGCCUGUGUCGUCAGUUGCAGCAGUGACAAGUUUGGUUCCUCAGAGAGCUUCACUUGUUGUCAUGAUACCACUGUUUUUCAAGGAUAACGGCAAGGGUUUAAGGAUGACGAGCUGUGUGGCCUCCCUUGCUUUGGUGAUUCUGUUCACCACUCAAGAUGUGUUUGGUGAACAUUGGAAGGUUGCCUACAAACCUGAGAGUGCCUGUGUUUUUGUGGGGUCUCCAGUGAACAUGUCCUGCUCUUUCACCCACCCCAGUAGUGUGACCAUUAAGGAGAUUUACUGGACAAAAGAAAAGUACCAGGACCCUCCUGAUCUAACAGGAGACCCAAACUACAGAGACCGAGUAAUUGUACACAGGCAACAAGGAACUAAAAUAUGCAAUUUGCAAAUAAAACCAGUAAAUAUGUUAGAUAGUGAUAGCAGAUAUUACUGCAGUUCAAUAUUCAAUGAGAGCCAGAAGUGGACUGGAGAUCCAGGGGUCCAUCUGCAAGUUAAAGAAUCUCCAGAGAAACCUCCAGUGUCCAUCAGUCCCCAUGGUGACAUACUUGAAGGAAUAGACGUGACUCUGACCUGUAGCAGCAGGUCUGAUCUACAAGUGCGGAGCUACAGCUGGUUUAAGAGAAAUCCAGUGCAGUUUCUGGGUACAGGACAUACAUACACCUUCAAACAGAUCAGACCUGAAGACAGUGGAGAAUAUACCUGCAAGUCAUCCUAUGAAUGUGGUGACAGGUACUCAACUAUGGUAUACCUCCAUGUUUUCUAUCCCCCAAAAAACACAACCAUGUUAGCAGAUCAGCCCUUUGUAAUCGCCAAAGGCAACAGGACGACUCUGACCUGCAGCAGUGUUGCCAACCCACCAGUAGAGAGCUACACCUGGUUUAAGAUGGAUGAGUCCACUCCAGUAGGAUCAGGACAGCAAUACAGCAUCACUAACAUCCGUUCUGAGGAUGGAGGACAAUACUACUGUGUGGCCAGAAAUAAAUAUGGAGCUGAGAACUCUACUGCUGUGUCCAUCACAGUUGAAGGUAUGGGUGCAUCUCCUGGGCUAAGAGACCGGAGCUCUGCACUUCCUGCUGUGGUUGCAGUCUUCAUCUGUGGACAUGUGGCUCUGGUCUGUGUGGUGGUCUGGGUGAGGAUAAUGAAAAGGAGGCAGAAGCCAGAGGAUCAGGACCUUCAGUACUCCAGCGUUAAUGUCCAGAACAGACGAGGAGCAGAGGAUGAUGGUCAGUACUGCAAUAUUAACCUCCAGAGAUCUGGCCAGAGCAGAGUUGAUGUGGCUGCAGGAGGAGCAGAAGAUGAUGGUCACUACUCCACCGUCCAGCCCCACGGCUCCAGACAGACUGCAGGAGCUCAGGGGGACGACGUCCAGUAUGCCAGUGUCCAGUUUAAGAAGGCCAUGGCUGCAGAUAGGACCCCUGUUCAGCCAGAGGGGGAGCCCUCUCCCAUCUACAGCUGUGUGCAGGGCAGUCAGGAUCCCUCUGUGGUCUACAGUGGUGUUCAGCCCAGCAAUGGAGGGACACCACACUGACAUCAAUGGAAUGAGCACUAUGGGGAUGGGAACAACUCUAUGACAUUUGAGAUUAAGGGUUCAAUAUGAAGAAAAUAAGCAUUUGAUGUUUUGUGUGUGUUUAUGGAUGCAUGUUUUCUGUUUUAUGUGCUUUGUAAUACCUAUUACUUACUCACGCACUAAUUUAUCAUUAAACUUCAGGACAAACACAA